CUACUUGUCACCACCAGAUGUCUCUUUAACUUACGGACUUGUUCCGUUUCCUCCUUAAACUUGCAUAUUGUGAAUUUUCAUCUAACCUCCAAUAGCUUAUAUUUUAAUAGGUUUUGUGAUUAAAUUAUAAUCAUGGCUGAUCAGACCGAGCGAUCGUUUCAGAAACAACCUACCAUCUUCUUAAACCGAAAGCCUGGAACCAGCAAGCAAAAGAGUAAAAAGCAAACUCUUCGCUACAUCCGAGAAGUUGGUUUAGGAUUCAAAGCUCCAAGAGAGGCUAAAGAAGGAACUUAUAUUGACAAGAAAUGUCCAUUCACCGGCGAUGUUGCUAUCAGAGGUAGAAUUUUACGAGGUGUGGUAAUUAAAAUGAAGAUGCAAAGGACCAUCGUAAUUAGAAGAGAUUAUCUUCAUUAUGUGAAGAAGUACAAUCGUUUCGAGAAGCGUCAUAAGAAUAUGUCAGUUCACCUUUCACCAUGCUUCAGAGAUGUUGCAUUAGGAGACAUUGUUACUGUUGGUGAAUGUCGUCCAUUAGCAAAAACAGUUAAAUUCAAUGUUUUGAAGGUGGCAAAGGCUCCUGGUGCAAGGAAACAGUUCCAGAAGUUUUAAAUUGAUAUGGCUCCUUAUUUGUUUAUAUGAUCUAUCGAAAAAUUCAUGGUAACCAGGAAGACCUGGCUCCUAAAUCAACUGGAUAUUUACGAAUAAUUCAUUGAACUCAUGAUUUUUUGUAUUUGUCAGUUGAUGAAUGACUAAAUUAAAAGACCCAAAACAAACACUAA